ACCGCCUUUGAAACUUCGGCGAUUACUUUUUUUUGAUUUGGCUCCGUGGUUUGCAAAGCCACUGAGGAAUAGUUUGCUGUUAGUAUUUCUGGAUUCGAAAAAGCAGACGCAGGAGACUCAUCAAGCUGUUUGCUUCCCGGAGAUGUUUGCCUCUGGACUCUGGAACAUCCGACAGGAACCAUUUUGGACAGGAGGUGCAGUCGCCGCCGCGUUUUGUGCGCAAAUCUCGCAGAUGCCGAAGAAGAGGGGAGGAGAAACAAUUGAAGAAAAUUAGUGCUGAACAGUUAGCUGAGAGAGUCUUGCUCUUGCCUGGGUCACAGGUCAUCUGAUUUUGUGUGGUAUCGCGAGCGUCUUCUCGACAUGGCGAGCCCGACGCGAGCGCUGACGACGAAAAAUCGCCGUGAAUAUGGUAGCAUCGGUGACAUGCGUCGCAUUGGCACACUGGACAAGGCCAUGAGUGUGCGCAGCGUCAACUCGAACAAGAGCUUCGAUACGAGCGAUGUGGACCAGCCCCAACCCAGGUCACGCCUCAGCACACUGUCGGAGAUACGGCAGCGGAAGUCCUCCAUGUCUACUGUUAACCGGACAUCACACUUAGCCACACAAAAUCAAAACUCACCUUUCAGCCCUAAUGGUCAGAGAGAUCGAGAGAAAGACAAGGAACGGGGGGGCCAAGCAGCUGCAGCAGCAGAGAGCAGCAAACCGAGGGGUGGCAGUGAAGCGGUUGCAAGUGUCCGUGGGAAGGUGCAGGCGUCGCAGUCCAGUGAAACGGUCCACACGAUAUCGAGCGUUUACCACUACAAUGGCUUGUCGUCUAUGCAGAUGGAGGUGCUGCGGCAGAUCUCCCUGGAUCAGGCGCAGCUGCCCGACAUCCACGUUGGAUCGACGUCAUGUGUGGCGGAUCUGGCAAUUCUGGAGCGCAAGUGGAGCAACCUGGCUAUGGCUCAGAACAUUCGCGCCAUGAAAACCAUGCUGGCGGACACGCCCACGAUUGUGAACCGUGCCGACUUCAUAUUCGGCUACACGGCACUGCACUGGGCUGCCAAGCUGGAGAAUGGCCGUAUGGUUGAGGUGCUGCUGCGCUAUCAAGCCGACCCCUCUCCCGUCUCAAGUAACGGCAGCACACCGCUUCACAUUGCGUCCAGGCUCGGCCACGAGCGUAUCGUUCGUCUGCUGGUCGAGGCAGGUGCGGACUGCGACCUGCGCGACUACUGCGGCAAGCAGCCAAAGGACCUUGCCGCUCCGUUCCUGAAUCAGCCAGCAAAAGAUCUGCUCUACACUGGCCUGAGAAGGACUUUGAGCGUACGGUAUGGCAAGACACUAAUGGGACAUGAGCGGGAAGUCGUGGCACAUCUUCUACCCAAGGCCGAGGCGCCAAAGGCACCCACAGCAUCACCGGAGCGUGGCAAUCUUCGAUCGCGUGUCGACAAGCUUAUAUUCACUUUCAAUCUGAAGCGCUCGUCCAGCCGAAGUCACACGUCCACUGGCUCGCUUGGAGAAUGCGGCCUCGAUCAGCUGCGCACAUCGAGCGGUCCCUCGUCGCCGCACACGACGCACACGCGUCACUCGUUUGGCGGCAGCAGCAGCAGUCCACUGGCCAUGCAGGCGCGAGGUGACGCUUCGCCUCUGUCCAUGCCGUUGUCCGCCUCCACUUCGCCGGUGCUGUAUCAGCGGCGUCGCCUCAGCACGCUGAACCCGUCCGACUCGCUGCCCAGCCCGGCGUCCUCGCCGUCCAGCUCCAGGCGACGAGAAAGCACCGGCGAGCGCCGUCUGCCCCUGGCCUGGGUGCCGGCAGUGCGCAAGCGAGCGCUGGAGGUGGACUUUGGGGACAGCAGCGGCGGCGGCUGCAACACGGAGGCCAAGCUUUCCGAGCAGCGCAACAGCCUGGACCUGCAGCCGGCAACGUCCGGUAACUCCCUGCAGACGAGCACGGCGCUGAUCGUUGCCGCCAAUGCCUCCAUCGCCGCUGCUGCGUACCACGCGUCGGGUUCUAAUACACCGCGCGGCAGCAUAGCGUCUGCCAACGCGUCGCUCUCUUCCGCGGGCGGAAGCCCCGAGCCGGCCUCGCACACGCGGCGAUUCAGCGUGCCCGAGGUGCAGACCGCAUCGCCGGUGAUUCCGCGCAACGCUCUGAUUCCACAGACGACGGUCACUUCGCCGGAGAGAGAUAGCGAAGCGUAGAACCUCUCCUUGUCGACCUACAAUUAUCGCUUUCCCAGGGUUGUGAAGCCUGCGUGCCAUGUGCCUACGACCCUGCUUGCUCAGCUAGCAGAGUAGAGGAUUUGCCUUGAGCCCGUUUGUUUUCCAUGUUGCCGAUCUAGUGACACCGCUGGCCUCUGCACAGACACACACUGCACAGCCGGGCACUAGUCACAUUGACAGCUGUACACGGCUCAUAGGGUAUCCCGUAGAGGCCCGGUAGUGGCCCGGCACGGCUGAAUAAAGUAGUCCCAACACUUCAACUACUACAGCAGCUGCCAGCCGCGCCACAGGGGACUGCGUAUCGGCAAGUUUCAGUCCGGGCUAUGUUGGGAGCUGCUUCUCGUUGCUACCGCUACGCCUUCGCCCAAUAGAACUGGCGGCGUGCAACGAUGCUUCCCGACUGACGUUGGUAAAUUCUCCGUGUGCGGUAUGCACGACGCAUCAGGUCGAGUGACUCUGUAAUUGCCGCCCGCGGCUAGGUUUUGAAUGCAGUGCUGUUCUGUCCUUUCCGCUCAUCUCUCUAGGUGCCUGUUUUAGAUGGCUCGCUAGCCAAGCCUCUCCAUUCCCCUGCUCCAAUACCUGCAGUUAUUCCACCUUGCUCUCUGUCCCAACUCUGAUUCCUGUCAUUUCUGCAGUUAUUGCCACAUUUCUCCCAUCACCCUGCGCCUCCUCCUCCCCCCCCCCC